CACUGACUCUGACCGACCUGACCUCACACAUCCAUCUCAACCAAAAUCCACCGCUGUUGCGUCCAAUCCCUCCACCAUCUCUCUCGUUCCUCAUCCCUCUUGCGGCCAUGCCAUCGCUUCCCUGCGCCAUCUCAAAAAGAGGAGAGCCCGCCCACAACCCAUGAUCCCUGGUUAGCUCUUCCACCAGAUCUGCACCGCUAUUGGGUGCAGAUGAAGCUGUUCCUUGCCCGCCAUUGCCAGUCGCCAUCUGGUCCACCGCUGGAAUCACCAUCACCAUCUUCAAAACACACUACGAGACGCACGGGGAUCCUGCAGCCCUGCAUACCUAGGAGGCGGCAGCCUCUGACCGCAAUCCCGUCCGUCCAGUUCAUCUGCCACUCUUCCAUCGACAUCUUUCCUGUCACUUGGAAAGAACCUUUGUUAGGCUGGGAUCUUCUCCUGUCUCGUUGAUCCCAGUGAACUAUUAGAACCACUUUUCCGACGAGACGAGCCGACUGUCUUGCCACGAGCCUUCUUUAACUAACCCACAGCCCACAGCCCACAGCCCACGAGACUGUCGACGCUUUCACUCGCCGUCUCGAUCCAAACACUCUUGAAUUUGUCUGUCCAUCCUCAGGUCAACAGUAAUUCACUUGCGGUUCACUAGUUACUCUCUCGGGCCAGAGGAAGAGCUCUUUGACAGAAUCGACGGCCCUCCAUCGCCAGUCUCGUGCUGUCGAUAGUCCCUACACCGAGAAAUCCCAACCCAGGAGCAAGACCGGGAAAUGACAUUUAGCUUACACUGGUCUCCAGUCCAACACCACAGUCAUUACGGUUCUUACCCUGCACCUCCUGGUUGGCCCGUUCAAGCCCAACCUUUUUAUUCCCACCCCUACGAGCAUCUCACCCACGAGAACUCUGCUUGCGUUUACGCUAACCACGGCUACUAUACACCGCCUCCGUCCACACAUACAGCAUCCACCAUGGCUACCCCGGAUGCCGACGAAAUGGAGCAGUUCCAGCGUUUAUCUGACCAGUACCAGGCCGACCUGCCUGGACCACUUGUCGGCGAGACAAGACCUGUAUCCGACCUUGUUACAGAGUAUGCUCAGGCUGAUCAGACCUACGUCGUGAAAACAACAGCUCUGGCCGUGACACACAACUCCUAUCGCUCGAUCAAAGGUGACGGUCAGUGUGGCUGGCGAGGCGCCGUCUUCGCGUACUUCGAGAUCCUGCUGAGUUCCGGAAAUAUUGGCCUUGUCACAAGAGAAAAGGAACGCCUUCAAGGCUUCGAGCAAACCAUGCGAGCUGUUGGUAUUGACUACGACAUCAUUCUUGACAUGUUCGACUAUACAUGGGAUCUAUUUGAUGCAAUCAAAGCCGCAAUCGAACACGGAGACAGGAGUGAGAAAGUUUUAAUGGAAGCCUUCAAUGACCAAGGCCCUUCGAACUCCAUUGUUUAUCACUUCAAGAUGAUGACCAGCUCGUUCAUGCAAGUCAACUCGGACCGCUACGCACCGUUCAUGGACAUGGCGGUCUCGGGCUACUGCCACUCUAGAAUCGAGCCGUCAAAUCAAGAAAUCGAACACAUUGGUCUACAAGCUCUGAAUGACGCUGUGAUUGCCCCAGCAUAUAUCGGGCUGGAGGUGCUGUAUCUGGACAGAAGCGCAGGGGAUGAAGUCACUCCACACAGAUUUGUCGAAGACUCUCAGAACUGGCCAAGUAUCAGCUUGAUUUACAGACCUGGCCAUUACGACAUCAUCUACAAGGAUGACAAGCCGAUCGAAGUUCUCAUGCAGAGCCACACACCUCAGUAUGUUCCAGCUUAUGGGGAGAAUUUCAUCCGCGGCGGCAUGGAUGGUGUUAAUCUGCGUUCAUUCGUGUUUCCCGGUGCAAAUAUCAUGCCUUCACAAAACAUGGUCAACGUAUCACCAACUUCUCCGAUGAAUCCAUACCCUUCCCCGUACCAACAAGCUCCACCGAUGGUAUUUGAGGACCCAGCUCUUCUGGCUCAGACAUCGUAUUUUCCGACGGCCACAAUGUCCAGUGGGCAGCAACAGCAAAAUCAAAGCCCUCCGGCUUUGGCCAUCAGAACACAGCCGGCUCUGCAACGCAGCUACUCUUCCUCUGCUGCGCUUCCAACAAACUCACAAGCUCCUGUAUGGAACCGAUCAGUGUCGCCCUCGCCAUCGACACCGGCUUCAGCAGAGAGCAGCAACUCCAAGCCUCAAGACUUUCGCAUUCGCUAUACUGCUAAUUGCUAUCGACCAGACAUCCAACACCAGAGCCUUCCACUAGAUGCCGGGACGUUUGGCAAGUAUGUCUGAAGCCAUCUCUUGGCUUGGGUUUGGCAAUUGUUGAUUCAUGAAUGCAGUUCCACUCAAUCGACCGCUCAUUUCACCAACAUUCACUUCCAACCUUCCAUCUGGAACGCCGCAGAGCAAUAUGGCAAGCAAGAAUGAAUCGACCAUCAUGUCACGGAGUCAGAUAGUGUCGAUGGUCCCUGAGAAGUGUGCUUGUUGCACAGUGAAUGGAGAGCCACAGAGCAGCACCUUGAAAAGGAAGAGGAGAUGCUACAAAAACAAACAGUCGAGUGCGGAUACCCAUGGCGCCUGUCUUUUUCUACAUGAAUACUUGGGUGUUGAUGCUUGUGGCGUAGAAAAGGUAGUCUCGGUUGCAGGGAUGAAGGAUUUCUUUAUUUUAUUUUUCUCCUUCAAACAAAAAGCGAUGGGAACUUGAACGGUCAUUACUGAUAUCAGCGUGGAAGUCUAAUAUUUUUCUGGGCUUCUUUCUCGUUCGGCCAAACGUUCGACCAAAAGCAAAGCCCAGGUCUGUCAUUACCGCAAAGACAAAUUGUCUAACGAACAAGAUAGAAAUUGGGACUCGAGGGCGUGUCAUGAGGACCUCAGAACCAUUGACUCGCACUCGGUCCCUCCCAGCCCAUGGCAGAUGUUGCGCCGAUGGGGGAGGAUAAAUUUCCAUUCAAUGGGUCACGGAUGACAGAUCCUGAUGAAGAGGAAAUCUUCUCACAUGGAGUGGACUUGCACUCCAAAUUCAAUUCAUAGCGAGUACGACUCGACCCUAAUCGAAUGAUUUUUCAACUAG